UUGAGUAAUGCCAACUCUACAAGUUUCCAAUUGUCGCUAUAGCAAUAGGCCCUGGAGCAAGUUCGCCGUUACAAAUUUGUCAUCUCAUAGCCUUGUCCUUCACUGUAUUUCUCACCAACAGAUCCCGAGCAACGAAAUCAGGACACAGGCGCACUCCAUUGGCUAACAUGAAGACCUCACUGUUUUGUUCCAUGUGGUACAAACUAUUCCAUUCCACUCCCCCAUUCCAGCCAUUUACAAUAACAAAGCGACAUCUGGGAAGCGGACUACCAGGGGACUACGUAAGGGAAUUGGCCACUUUGUUCAAUAGGGCCUACUCCCCGUUCGAGAAUCUAGACAAAUCAAAAUUCCACGUGGACUUCUACUCUUCGGACUAUUUGGGACUUGGGCUUAACAAGGAACUGAACCAGACACAUGCAGACGCCAUUCUGCGUGCUGGUAUGGACCACAACGUAUCCUCUAUUGUUUCUCACCCACCUAACUCCCCGGUAAAAGAUACAGAACUGGCCUUGGCUCGGUGGUUAAAAAGUGAAGCCGCUGUCCUCACCUACACAUGUGCAACCGCAAACAUCGGCGUCAUAGAGAUCUUACUCAAAGGUAACGAUCGCCCCAUCUACAUGGACCAUUACGCCCACAUGACCUUCAAGACGGCGGUGUCCGUUGCUGAGGCCUCGUCGCGAUUGAAGCUGUUUCGGCACAAUGACAUGGACCAUCUUCGUUCUCGGAUAGAAAAAGCUGGGAGCGGAGUUGUCGUCGUGGAUUCGAUAUACAGUACUAACGGAGAUGAAGCACCGAUGGCAGAAUUGGUAGAGUUGUGCCACCGUCUGGAUUGCAUCCUCGUCGUUGAUGAGAGCCAUGCUGUUGGGGUUGUGGGAGAUGCAGGCGAGGGCCUGGUAGCCCAUCUAGGGCUAGAAGACGGCGUUCAUGUUAGAACGGCGUCCUUGGCUAAGGCUCUAUCGUGUCAAAAUGGUGUUGCUGCAAGCAGCAAGGAAGUCACAGACUGCUUCAACAACGCGACCACAUUAGCCGUAUUCAGCCAGAAUGUACAAACCCCCAGCGCUGUCAAAGUCAAAAAGGCGAUAGAGUUAGCAAUACUGGCAACCCAACAGCGGGAUGACUUGCGAAAUCUUUCCCAAUCAUUUCGGCAACAGCUUAAAGAAGCCGGCUAUCCAGUAACAGGAAACGCAAACCAUCCGAUAGUGUCUCUGAUGGUUGGUGACCAGGAAAGGGCGAUGUAUACACAUAAUGUGCUUUGCUCCUAUGGAAUCUUCCCGUUGAUUUUUUUAUAUCCCACCACUCCAAAGAACGAGGCCUUGAUGAGAUUUGUCAUCAACCAGUACGUGACGCCAGAGAAGGUAGCAUACACCGUUAAAACAUUGAAGGAUCUCAGACAAGACCUGAAGCCAUGGACAUGGGCUGGGGAACAGAGGAAUAAAAAGCAGAAUAUAGAAAACAGUUCGAACUAAGAAUAAGUGAUUUUAAUUAAAAGGGUAAUUUGACAGUGCUUCUCUGCAGUCAAUAUAAAAUCAUUUAUGGAGUCCAGUGAAAACUGAGAUGCGGGCUCGAGAAAAGUCUUAGCUCUUAAUUUCAUCGAAAACCUCCAAGCUGCAAGUUUUUUUUAAUGAACUGUUGUAAGGCAAAUGACAUACACUUUCACUAAUUGAAGAUAAUUAUUAAAACGAAAUCAAAUGAGAUAAAGGAUAGGGAAUUAUUGAGUGCAAGUUAAAUUUCUUCCUGAGUCCACAAGUGUAGAAAAUGUUUUCGUGGUAGGAAAAAGAGAGAACAUGUUUAAGUCACAUAUUGUUCGAUUGAUUGGUUAAUUUCUCAAAAGAUUUGCAAAUUUCUGACACUUGUAAAACACAUGCAAUCUAAGGAUAGGUAUGGUCUAAAAAUGAGUAAUUCAAAUAAAAUUUUAAAUAUUUUAAAUUCAAAACAAGUCUCUUAGAAAUAACCUAAUAAGGAAAUGUUGAAUGGUGGCUUGCAACAUGAGAAUGGAAGAUUCCUUUUAAUCAUGCAAA